UUAUUUCGUGUAAAUGUAUGUAGAUCAGGACCCGGUAAUUAAAAUGUCGCGGGUUCUCGCAGUUGGAAUCUGAGUGGACGUGUUCUGUUUCUCCACUUGUGAUCCUGCUUCGGGGUGGGGGUGUGAGUGAGUGAGUUUGUAUGACAUGACGAUGUUGUGCGGGGCGUCAGGAUGCCGUAUUACAUCGCGCUGUGCGGACUUAUCCAGUGUGCGUGGGGCCCUGUUCGGGCCGAGUGCCACUGGAUUCCGCUCGCGGAAUCCCGUGGUGGUUGUGUUUCGACACCAACAGCGGACGUUGAAUCAGAGUCCGAGUGGCUACAAGUCGGUUGAAGAGUGGGGACUUCCGGAAACUGUAGACAAACCCGUUGUUGGUAAAGCGAAACCCGUCGUUGGAGUCAUUUACACGCUUGAAGGCGUCACGGUGCAUUACGGUCGUGGAUUCCCGGUGAUCACGGUUCCGCUGCCGUCGAGGGAUGAACGGUGCCAGUUCACCCUGCUGCCGAUAUCCAACAACGUCGGCGACUUCCUCCGCAUGCUCACGCUUGAGGACAAGGGCAUUGAUCGCGCAGCAGUCUACACUCCUGAUGGAGUACGAAUCUCUGCUAUGACGACGAUCGAGGCGUUGAUGGAACGCGACUUCGACCUCGUCGUGAACGAUGUCCGGUACCGAGUCAAUACCCCGGAGAAGGAGCGGCUGUCUCAGGAGCAAAUGUCGACGCUGAGUGACGUGCGGAACUUGGUCGCUCAACUCUACGAAGGCCUGCAAGUCGAGCAGCACCAGCUCCUCAAGGAGCGAACUCUGUUGACUCGCCUGGAGACUUUGAAGAAGGACCUGGAGCCGAUGGAAAAGUGCAACGAGGAGAUGGCGUUCAAGUCGGAAAGAAGGACGACUGUGCUCACUUGGAUGGGCCUGGGCUACAUGGCUGUGCAAUUUGGUGUGUUGGCCAGGCUGACGUGGUGGGAGUACUCUUGGGACAUCAUGGAACCUGUGACUUACUUCGUUACAUACGGAACUGCCAUGGCAGCCUACGCCUACUACGAGUAUUUGUUGCCGGAUGUCCGCGACCGACAAUUUUUGAAUUACUUUCACAAGUACGCGCAGAAGCACGGGCUGGAUGUGGAAAGUUACAAUGCGCUGAAGCAGCGACAGAAUGAAAUCGAGGCUGAGUUGAGGCGGCUGCGGGACCCGCUGCAGCUCAAGCUGCCGCCGCGGGCGCUUGAGGCGCCGCUGCCGCCGGGCUUCCCCGCCGACAUUUUGUCGCCUGUACGACGAGAAAUGCUUCAGUCUUCCCGUGACGUCAAGAAAGUGUCAAGUUAGGCGAGUGCUGUCCUUGAUAUUUCACGACCUUCGUUUCCCCCCCUUCUUGUUUCGUUUCAGUUCAGAUCCCUUUGACGCUAAAUACUGUAUCCUCCUAUUGAAGGAACGAACAAUUGAUGCGUUUUUCUAAGCACCUCGGCAUUUUCGAAGACAGUUUAUGUGUAAAAUGCUUGAGUAUCGUAUUUCCCCUCAUUCUCGCUUGUGCAUUGGGCGCUGGCGGGAGUUGCCUUGGCAUGUUUUUGUUUUUCUACCAGAGAAUCGUCGAAAUUUUGUUAUUUUUUUAAUCUUCCCACGAAAGCAUAGACUAUUCAGUCGGGAAGUUGUCUGUUAUUCAGAAUUCGACGGAAGCAUUCUGUCUUUCGAGCUUAAACUGGUUUGAAAAUUCGAUUGCGCUAAAGAGCUGUUUAUUGUGAUAAACAUGACCGAGUGGAUGGAAAUUUUCCACUGCAUUGCACAAUUCCGCAUCCAGAUUUUCUGCCUUGAAAAAAAAAAAAAAUUAAAGCCCAAUAUCGCUCGCUGACUCACAAAUCCAGUGCUGUAUGUGUGAUGGCCGGUAUGCAAAAAUGCGCUGUGGGGGGAGAAAUUCAUGAUCCGGACGACUUUUUCUGCGUUUUUCAUCUGCAAGGAAUAACUUAUUACUUUUCAAAAAUGCGUCGCGGAAUUUACUGUCGAAUCUUAAUUGUUACUGAUUCACAUUGUUUACUCCUGAUUUUGUGGGGUGUGCUUCCGCAUUGCUGAAGUAGAAUGAGGAUGGAUGGGGUUCCUGUUCAAACUUUUUUUGAUGAUUCGCUGCCUAUUUGGGGGCGGGCAUUUUAGCCCAAGAUUUGAAACACACCUUGAAAUACUGUCCUUUUUUCGCUGCACCCUGAUUAUUUUGGUCAACCUGUAUUUACAGGUUAAUGAAGCGCGAACAAUCCGCGCGCUGCUACGUGUAAAGCGAUGAAUAAAACUCUCCAUGCGUUCUUUUGGUCUUUAUUUUUCUGUCGCGUUUCGUAAGUUUUGAGUCGGGGCUAAAUGGUCCUUAUUGAGAUUUGUACUCUUAAGACGGAUCGUGUGAAGGGGACGAUGGUGUGUGGAAGCUCACGCGUUCCUAUGAGAUUCCCAUCAAGUCAGUUAGUCUUUCAAUAUGAUGAAAAUGUGUGAUUGUCUCGUCUUGUUUUGUAGUCCCUCUUGUUAUUGCGUAUAAACUUGAAAGUGAGGGUUCAAUAUCAUAUGUAUGCAGCAGAAGGAAACCGAAGAUCACGCAGCAAAGUCAUCAGAUUCUCUGUGAUGUCCUUUGUUUUUUGUUAUUUCAACUUUUUGUGUAGAUUUCGGACGACCUUAUGAUUUCGAAAGUUUUGUUCGAUUUUUUUUUUCUUGCUUGAAUUCGUGCCUGUGUUCGUGGGAGUGUUACCGAUGUGCGGUGGGGAGGCCGUCGCGAGGCAGGAGUUCUGUGUGAAAUGUCGCAUCUGUUUUUCCCGCGGGGAACAUUCUUUUAGCUGAGCUUCAUCGGAGGUUUGGGGAAUCUCUUUGUCCAUAAGUUGUUGCUCAACGCCUUCGGUGGAAUGAGGAAAGAAGGAAGAAAGAAAAUAUGGUGCUGUUCCUCUUUUGUAUAAAUGAGUCGGAUGCUGCUUUUUCGUCGUUAACCGUAUUCUCAGCAGGAAUCGAAUUUUUUUUUCUUCACUUGACUUGAUAGUUUCGAGCGGUGACGAAUGAAUCGAACUUGUAUGUUAUAA